AUGUCCAAUUCCUAUAGCAUGUGGCCUGUAGUUUUGAUGGUGUACAAUUUACCACCUUACAAGUGCAUGAAAGAUCCUUAUUUUAUUAUGUCGUUGCUCAUCCCAGGGCCAAAAUCACUUGGAAAUGAGAUAGAUGUGUAUUUGCAGCCUCUUAUUGAUGAUCUAAAGGAGUUGUGGGAAGAAGUUUUAUGGACGAUAAAUGACUUCCCCGCAUUUGCUGUCUUGUCUGGGUGGAUGACGAAAGGUAAAUUGGCAUGUCCAGUUUGUAAUAAGGAGACAAGUUUUUUUUCACUAAAGAAUGGAAAGAAGAUCUGUUACAUGUGCCAUCGUCGCUUCCUUCCGAGGGAUCAUAGUUGGCGAAAAAAUAAACAAGCAUUCGAUGGAAAUCAAGAUCAUAGACAGAAGCCUAAAGAACUUUCUGGCGAUGAUUUAUUGGAACAACUAAAUAAAGUAAAUGUUGUGACAUUUGGUAAAGGACCAAAUAGCUUAAAGAGAAAAUGUAAGGAUUAUGAACUAAACUGGACGAAGAAGAGCAUUUUCUUUGAAUUGCCUUAUUGGCGAACUCUUAAAUUACGACACAAUCUAGAUGUCAUGCACAUUGAGAAAAAUAUAUGUGAGAGUGUGAUUGGAACAUUAUUGGAUAUAGAUGGGAAAACAAAAGACACCAUCAAGGCUCGCAUGGAUUUGAAAGAAACGGGUAUCAAGAAGGAAUUACAUCUAAUUUCAGAUGGAGACAAAUUUAUGAUGCCACGUGCAUGCUACCAGCUAUCAUCAACUGACAAAAAGGAAUUUUAUGAAUGGUUGAAAUCUAUUAAGUUCCUAGAUGGGUAUGCGUCAAAUAUAUCUCGUUGUGUGAAUGUUAGAGAUCGCAAGCUAUCGGGAAUGAAAAGCCAUGAUUGUCAUGUUCUUUUACAACGACUUCUUCCUGUAGCAAUACGUAAGCACCUUUGCAAGGAUGUAUGCAUCGCAUUAACUGAGCUUAGUUUAUUUUUCAAGAAAUUAUGUUCAAGGGCAUUGCUAGUUGACGAUUUAGAACAAAUGGAAAAAGACAUUGUCAUUAUACUAUGCAAGUUGGAAAGAAUAUUUCCUCCCGCCUUCUUUGACGUAAUGGUUAAUUUAACAAUUCACCUUCCUCGUGAGGCGAUCCUUGGUGGACCAGUGCCGUUUCGGUGGAUGUAUCCAAUAGAAAGGUUCCUAUUCACUUUAAAGAAGACCGUUAGGAAUACUGCUAGACCAGAGGGAUCGAUUGCUGAGGCAUAUAUUGAUAAAGAAUGCCUAAUAUUUUGCUCUAUGUAUCUCGAAGGCAUUGAGACGAGAUUCAAUAGAGAUGAACGAAAUGACGAUGGUGGUCAAGGGAAUAGGCGAGAGGGUCUUUAUGUUUUCACACAAGAUAUGAAACGAUUGCAUGAGCAAAAGGCUCCAGAAGCUACUGACCAAUUAUAUUUCUUAGCGUGUGGUCCUAAAUCAUUAGUUAUCCGAUAUUCAGGAUGUAUUGUCAAUGGUAUUAGGUUUCGCACAAUUGACUGCGACAAGCAUCGUAGGACACAAAAUAGUGGGGUGGUUGUGAAAGGAGAACAUGAUUCCAAAGAAAUUGAUUUCUACGAUGUUCUUGUAGAUGUUAUGGUGUUAAAUUAUUUGGGAGAAAACAAAGUACACCUCUUUAAGUGCGAUUGGUUUAAUGUUGGCAACCAAAGAAUGGGGAUACAUUCGGAUGGUAAUAUCACAAGUGUGGCACCUAGGAAUUUGUAUGAAGUUGAAGAGAUGUCAUCGGUCGAUGAAGAUACAGAUGUAGAUGAUGAUUCAUAUGAAGUUGAAGAUGCAGGAGACAUUGACACAACUGUCCAAUAUGAUGAUCUAGAUUUGGACACGUUGCAUAGGGAAGAUGUCCAGCUAGUUUAUGUUGACCUACCUAAUAUUUCGCCAAACAAUGCAACUUUUGAUCAAAUAAAUGAUGAUUUCAUUGCCGAUGAUGAGAGUAGCGAUGAAGAUGAUACAUUGAUUGACUAUUGUGAUGAUGAGGAAGAUGAUGAAUUGCAAUCUUCUGAAAAUGAUGAGGAAGAUGAAUAA